CAGCAAGAUAACGUUCGUCAUGAUCCUGUCGCUGUACCGACGCAUGCCAGUCCUUUUGCAGACGAGGCCACAGAGACCCUGUUCUUCAAUGCUCUGGCUGCUGUUCGUGAGGAUGGUCUCCUGCCUGCAGGGUAUGGAGUACGUGUCGGAGAGGAUGUUGAUGCUUACGAGAAUGAAGAGGCAAUCCGUUUGGGUUGUCGUGGCACUAAGGAGCUCAUCAUAACACUGCCAAAAUAUAUAUGGCAGCCACGAGCGGAAUUGUGGGCACAAGGGCUCCAUCUCAUAACCUAUCUAUUGUACGACAAUGCGUAG